CCACAGUGCAUUUUUAAGUACUUUUGUCUGGCAUUAGCUCCCCUUGAUAUACAGAAGACUCGGCGAACUGCCGCCAAAACGGAUGCUAAUAAUAAUAGAGCAGAAAGGGAGAUAACUGCGUUGAGUUCUGCUGGCAUUGUGAAAAAAUAACAAUUACAUGUAUUGAGUAGGGGGACAAGUGUUUUUGAAAAGCAGGACAACUCUAUUUGUUAUUUGUAAUAUUCGUGUGGGCAGUAUUUAACUAUAUUUUCUUGGAUUUAAUCAAGAAACGAAUGGGUUGAUUAGAACAGACUAGGAAUCUUCUAGAACUUGAAGUGAUAAGAUACUUACACUUUCUUUAUUUCCAAACAGAUGUAAUGGUUGAUGACGGCAGAGGAGUUGAACGUAGGGGUUCAAAGGUAGGAACAAGGCGGAGACGCAUGUCGCUAUGCAGAAAGAGCUCAGCAGCUCUUUCCGUGAAAUCAGAGACCCAUUCGGAUCAGACGCCCAUGUCCUGCUCGCUAGACUGGCCACUUUCGACGAAGACCACGUGCCGGCUGAGGUGAUCGCGACGGACGGGAAGGAACCGAACGGCGUCACCUCUGCGUCAGCUCCGCACCAAGCCGUGGAGCCCUUCUCGCACAGCUACAAAAUCGCUGUCGCGAAAAUCUCGGACGAGUCCCAAGAUAAAAGCGCCGUGCUGGUCAUGGAUACAGACUCGCAAAUAUUGAUAGACCACGCGCCAUAUUCUUCAGGCGACGCCCCUGAUGACCAGUGGGUUGCGCCCUUCAGUGACUCGGAUGACCUGGACGUGCGUGUCGAGGGCGACGCCCCUGGCGGAUACUGCAUCGAAGACACGCCUUUGGAGAAAACGAAAGCUGGAAUGCAGGAGUCAGAAAACACUACGCCUGUUGUGGUUAGGACUCCAGGAGACAUUCUACGAAAUGCGGCCUUGACCAUUCACGCUGCCGUCAGGAUCACGAGGGCUGAAAGGCUAAAGAGAAGAGCUAAAUGGGCUUCCAAGAAACUGUUGGUUUUCAUCCUGUCCCAUGUCGGACUGACCACCAUUGUUGGACUUUACGCCGUGGCAGGCGGCUUUCUCUUCCAGUACCUAGAGGGUCAGAAACCUUUAGAAGAUGCUCCAGUGGUGCAGACUCGAGAACUUCUGAAGAUAAACUACACGGAGAUAAGACAGAGACACAUCGACAUGCUGUGGAACUUCACGCAAGAGAUCAACAUUCUCUACCCGUCUGAUUGGAAACGCAAAUGUGAGGAGAUUUUACUGGCCUUUCAAAACGACUUGACGGAGGCGGCCGUGACGACCGAAGAAAUUUUGGUACCUGAAACCCUUCCAGUGGCUGCUAAGUGGACCUACCCGAGUGCAUUGCUCUACUCCGUGACUAUCAUCACAACCAUAGGCUACGGCGACACUGUGCCAGUCACCCUAGAAGGCAAAGUUGCCUCUAUGUUAUACGCUCUCAUUGGCAUCCCUCUGGUUCUGCUUUGCUUGACCAACAUCGGCUCCUUCCUGGCCAUGACCUUCCGCUUCACAUGGAAGCAUACGACUCACCUCGGGCACUUUUUAGUUCAAUCCCCGAAACGUAAUGAGCCUAUGGUGAAGACGUCUGAGGUUCGAGUCCCUAUUACUGUGUCCGUACUGACCAUGUUCAUCUACAUCCUGUCUGGCGCCAUUAUCUUCUCUCGCUGGGAGAACUGGACCUUCCUGGACGGAUACUAUUUCUGUUUUAUUACUCUCAGUACGAUAGGGUUCGGUGAUUUUGUUCCUGGCAAGAACACACAAACAUUGGAUUCCAACGCCAAGCGAGUUGUCUGCGCCUUGUAUCUUCUGUUCGGGCUGGCACUACUCUCCAUGAUAUUCCAGCUGAUACAGGACACGAUCACUGUCAUCAGCAGGCGAUAUGCCAGCUUCCUGGGCCUCAGCGAGAAACAGAUCGAGAGAGAAAUGGAAGAGUCCAAAGACUGCUCGGACGAAGCAGAGGGCAAGGCAAGGAUCGUCCCCGACGACACUGGUUGUUCCGGGGACGCCCUAAGCGAGAAAACCCCGCUCUCCCAAAGACGAAACCUUGUCCCCCAAAGAAGAGAGUCCUGCCCGGUGCCAAAGCAGGAGCCGCUCUUCAAUGAGCCUCUAACAAGAAUGUACUCCGUGCCGUCUGACACUCUGACCAGACAGCUUCGCCUGCUCAAGAACAAGCAGCUUCUCGCAAGAGGGGGAUUGCACCCCGUGAAGGAGCGCACUGCUGAACUUUCCCAACUUUCCCACGAGUCUCUCCACAAAAGUGAGAGCGUGGAUAACAUCAAAGACCAACUCUACCAGAAAUACAGCAUAGCGUCAAACGGCGAAGAAUUACAAGAGCAGUAGAGCCCAUUGGAUCUGCAACUUACUUUGAAAAUAUACAAUGAACUGACACACACAGGCGUGAAGAGUCAUUCAUAACUUCUUCCUGACAUCAUUUCAACAAGUCUUUUUAUUUUCUAAUGUGUCAAUUUAA